AUGUCGGCGAUGGGCUACCUGAUGUUCAACAUUUCGAUAGCAAAACAGGGGUUCAGUAUAUCACUAAACGACAACAGCUUCUCAAUGCCUGACCCAUUCUCCUUCAAUCCCUUCACCAGUCAACAUCAGCAAGCCGCACCUCAAAAACAGGCGCCGACCCCUAAUUUAUUUAAUCCAGGAACUAUUUUGAACGCUUUAUCCCCAAAAUUACCUCAAAAUCCGGUUGGAUCAUUAGUUUCAAAUUUCGUAUCUUCAAUAUUACCAGCUUCUCAUGCUAAUACUGCUUCGGGUUCUCCUUCGAACCCAUCUUCUCUAGCGAAUGGAUCACCAUCAGUUCCUCAAUCUAAUGGAAAUCUAGCUUCAGUUGCUACGAAUCCAUCCGGAUCACCAGCCCCAUCGUUACCUGGUUUCGGUGGUGUUCCAAUACCAUCCUUCCCUGGUGGUAGUCCAACUUCUCCUAAUUUAUCUGGCACUGAUAGUGGUAGUCUACCUAAUGCUGUAACGCCUGGAGUGACGGUUCCUUCUGGAACAACUACAAAAGGAGCUGGUGGUAGUACUGCAGCAGGAGCAACUACAGCGGCUGCGGGUGCUACUGCCCCAGCUGGUGCAACUACCCCAGCUGUCGCAAGUACUGCAGAUGGCGCAACUAGCCCAGCGGGAGCAACUACAGCAGCCGCUAGUGCAACUACCCCAGCUGGCGCAACUACCGCAGCAGGAGCAACUACACCAACCCCUGGUGCAACUACAUCAGUUGGCGCAUCUACCCCAGCUGGCGCAAGUACCGCAGCUGGCGCAACUACCCCAGCGGGAGCAACUACACCAGCCCCUGGUGCAUCAACACCAGCCCCUGGUGCAUCAACACCAGCUAGUGCAAGUACCGCAGCUGGCGCAACUACCCCAGCAGGAGCAACUACACCAGCCCCUGGUGCAACAACACCAGCUGGUGCAAGUACCGCAGCUGGCGCAACUACCCCAGCAGGAGCAACUACACCAGCCCCUGGUGCAACAACACCAGCUGGUGCAAGUACCGCAGCUGGCGCAACUACAGCAGCGGGAGCAACUACACCAGCCCCUGGUGCAUCAACACCAGCCCCUGGUGCAUCAACACCAGCCCCUGGUGCAUCAACACCAGCCCCUGGUGCAUCAACACCAGCUAGUGCAAGUACCGCAGCAGGCGCAACUACCCCAGCAGGAGCAACUACAGCAGCCCCUGGUGCUACUACACCAGCUGGAGCGACUUCCCCAGCUGGCGCAACUACCGCAGCUGGCGCAAGUACCGCAGCUGGCGCAACAACUCCAGCUGGUGCACCUACCCUAUCUAGCGCAACUACACUAGCUGGCGCAAGUACCGCAGCUAGCGCAACCACUCCAGCAACUACCGCAGCCGCUGGAGUAACAUCCCCAGCUGGCGCAACUACCCCAGCCCCUGGUGCAACAACACCAGCUGGCGCAAGUACCCCAGCAGGAGCAACUACAGCAGCCCCUGGUGCUACUACACCAGCCGGUGCAAGUACCGCAGCUGGCGCAACUACAGCAGCCCCUGGUGCUACUACAUCAGCUGGUGCAGCUACCGCAACUGGCGCGACUACCCCAGCUGGCACAACUACCGCAGCUGGCGCAACUACCCCAGCGGGAGCAACUACAACAGUUUCAGGUGCAACUACCCCUGCAGGCGCCUCUACUCCUGCAGGAGCAACAACUCAAAGAGCAGAAACUACAGCAGCCGCUGGUGCAAGCACACCUACAGCAGGACCCGGAGCAACUACAGCUGCCUCGGAUGCCACCCCUCCUGCUGCAGAUUUUACCCCCGUAGCAGCAUCUUCUACAAGCACGCCUACUAGCAGUACUCCUUCCAUAACUGGAGGCGCUGCUUCUCCUUCCCAUAGUUCCCCAUCAUUACCUAACUUUCCAAACUUAACUCCUGGUAAUAUACCAAAUCCCAUGACAGGUUUAGAAUCCAUGCCUUCAGCAAUGCCUUCAAGCGUCGGCAGUGCUGUUAAUCCUGGUCAAGCAGUGUCCAUUACACAACUGCAAUCUGCUAUCAGUUCUCAAGGAGUGCCCAGUUCUGGUCUUCCAUCCUCUUUGCCUGGAAGUUUGCCAUCACAGGCUUCUGCAGUUCAGAAUGCUGCUUCGAGCGCGCAGGCGAUAUCCAGUUUUGCACCAGCAGGUUCAUUACUAUCAGCUUUCAACCCUCAUUCAGCUGUGUCGACGCUCUCUUCAUCAGCGCAGGGUAAUCCAGCAAGCGGUUUCUCUAGCAUAAGUGGACAAGCUCAACAAUAUGCAGGAAACGCAAAUAAAGUUGCAGGUGCAGCACAUGAUUUAGCUGGAAGUUUUGUCGGUGCCGCCCAUGAUAUUACAGGGAAGGCUACUAAUCUUGCAGCUCAAAUGGGAGGCGCCUUUUUCGGAUAA